AUGGCUUUCCUCCGCUCGGCCUUCCUGGCCCUCGUCACUGUCCUAGUGGCGCUGCUCGCUCCCACGGUCAUUCAUCUUGCGAAAAUUGGGGGCCCGUUCUUGACGCCGAAGCCGACGCAUGUGGGCGAGGGUCAAGCUCCGAUUGUUAUUCAGGAUACGGUGCAUUGCGAGGAUGUGCACCAUUAUCGUCCGGCCAACUUGCUUUUCACUGCUUGUGAGGAUGACAAGACCGUUCGGUUUGACUGGUUUCCUGGUCUGGGACACCUGAAGCUCCAUUCUUCGCAGGGUUCGAUCCAUGUCGUGGAUCCCAAGACCAUGAAAUCGACUCGUCUGGUCUUUGAGGGUUUCAAGGGCGACUUCGUCACACACGGUAUUGACGUCAUUGAGGAUCCGAAGCAGGCAGAUGCAGUCUACAUCUUCGCUAUCAACCACCUGCCGAACCCGGACUUUGUGGCUGCGGAUGGAAUUGCGGAGGAUAUUCAUGCCGCCCGGUCUCAAAUUGAGCUGUUCCACCAUGUGUUGGAGUCGAAUACCGUCCAGCACGUGCGCUCGAUCCUGCACCCGCUCGUUCAAACUCCCAACGAUAUUGUCGCCGUCGCUCUGGAUACUUUCUACGUGACUAAUGACCACUACUACCGUGGGGGUAUUAUGCGACUGAUUGAAGAUGCUUGGCCUUUCGCGAAGUGGACUAACAUCAUCAAUGUCAAGAUUACGGACUUGAAGACCAAGGACGCGAUGGCUGGCCUGGAUGCCGUUGUUUCGCAUGAGGGUCUGUGGAAUAACAAUGGUCUGGGCCAUGGACGCCGCGAGGAUGAGCUUGUCAUUUCCAGUGCCAUUGGUGGUGAGCUAUAUCUUGGUCAGGUGCAUGCUGCGAAUCGCUCUAUCGAUGUUCACACAACUCUCCCUUUCGACACUGUGACCGAUAACCCCAGCUAUUAUGCUGACCCUUACCGCUCUGAGUCUGACGAUGCGAGCGGAUUUGUGGUUGCAGGUAUUUCACAGGGUAUUUAUCUCGGCCAGACAGCCCAUGACAUCAAUGGUAAGGAGCCCUUGCAAGUGUGGUAUACUCGUCAGACGAGUACCGGUACUUGGGAGAACAAGCUCCUGUUUGAGGAUGAUGGUACUCGGAUUCGUUCGGCUAGUGCUGCGGUUCUGGUGCCUAUUGAACCAGUGGGUGGCCGCAAGAAGGCUUGGUUGUUUGUCACUGGCUUUUUGUCGGAGAGUAUGGUUGCGGUGCAGGUUGAUCUAUAG